GCCUGUACGCUUUUGCCGCUGCGCUGUUUCCCAGAAAGUAUAAUAACUAUAUUCGGUGUCCCCCGUCGCCGGGGUCAGCGACCUUCACCCUUCCCCGCUCCUAAUCUAUUUAAGAACCGCGUCCCCAGCAGCCUGUGUCGCAUCUCUCUCACCCUCGCGGACACGCACCAGCAACCAUGGCAGGCGCCGCCGCUCAGAACCAGGUCGACAUGGCCAUGAGCAACGAGCCCAAGCUCGCGACCCCGAUCUACGAGGUGGGCGAGAAGGAGGCGCUCGGCCAUCUGGGUCGCGCGAGCACCAGCGACAGCCUCGCGCUCGCGCCCGUCGUCGAAUUCGAAGCCGAUCUCGAGGGCGAGGAGCCGACCGAGGAGGACAUGGCCACCCUGCGGCGCGUCUCGGGCAAGAUCCCGUGGACGGCCUUCACCAUCGCCUUCGUCGAGCUGUGCGAGCGUUUUGGCUACUACGGCUGCCAGGUGCUCUACACCAACUUCAUCCAAUGGCCGCUUCCACCUGGCUCCGCUACGGGCAAGGACCCCCGCGAGGAGGGUCAGCCAGGAGCCUUGGACAUGGGCCAGCGUGCGUCUUUCGGUAUCGGCACCUUCAACUCUUUCUGGGCGUACACUACUCCCAUCAUUGGAGCCAUCAUCGCCGACGAGUACCUCGGCCGCUUCAACACCAUCUUCAUUGCCAUCGCCUUCUCCAUCUUCGGCCACAUCCUCUUGAUCAUCUCGGCCCUGCCGUCGGUGCUCGCGAGCGGCAAGGCCAUCGCGCCUUUCAUCCUAGGUGUCAUCGUCCUCGGAUUUGGAACGGGUGCAUUCAAGGCGAACAUCUCGCCCCUCAUUGCCGAGCAGUACAAGCAGUCGAGGCCGCGAGUCAUCAAAGAUCCCAAGACCGGCGAACGCGUCAUCUCCGACCCCAACAUCACCCUCUCGCGCAUCUUUCUGUACUUCUACAUGUUCAUCAACAUCGGUUCUCUGACCGGUCAGAUCAGCAUGGUUUACGUCGAGAAGUACGUAGGUUUCUGGUGCGCCUACCUGCUGCCGACCAUCCUCUUCUGCUGCUGCCCGGCCGUGCUCUGGUUCUGCCGCAACAAGUACCACCGAAGCCCGCCCACUGGCUCCGUGCUCAUCCGCGCAUUCAAGCUGUGGACCUUGGCCCAGAAGGGCAAAUGGUCCAUCAACCCGGUCCAGACGCGCAGGAACUUCAAGGCGGAGAAUUUCUGGGAGGACGUCAAGCCUAGCAAGCUUGGCGACAGCAGGCCGUCUUGGAUGGAGUUCGACGACGCCUGGGUUGAUCAGGUUGCUCGUGGUCUCCGUGCCUGCUCUUGCUUCACCUGGAUCCCUCUUUACUGGCUCGCCUACAACCAGAUGAACAACAAUCUGACCUCGCAAGCCGCGACUAUGACCCGUAAUGGCGUCCCCAACGACGUCAUCACCAACCUGAACCCCAUCUCGCUCGUCAUCUUCAUCCCCAUUGUCGACAACUUCCUGUACCCGGCGCUCCGCAAGGCCAACAUCCGCUUCACGCCCAUCAAGCGCAUCGCCUUCGGCUUCAUGCUCGCCUCCCUGGCCAUGAUCGGCGCCACCACCAUCCAGUACUACAUCUACAAGGAGGGCGCCUGCGGCCACUACAUGAACACGUGCAAGGACGCCGAGGGCAGCAAGAUCCCCUCGCCCAUCAACGUCUGGGCACAGACCGUACCCUACGUCUUCAUCGGCUUCUCCGAGAUCUUUACUUCCAUCACCGGCCUCGAGUAUGCCUUCACCAAGGCGCCCAAGAACAUGCGCUCGCUCGUUACGUCGUACUGGCACUUCAUGUCCGCCUUCUCCAACGCCAUCGGCCAGGCUCUUGUCUCGCUCUCCGAGGACCCGCUGCUCAUCUGGAACUACGCCACCGUCGCUAUCCUAGCCUUCAUCGGCGGCGUCCUCUUCUGGUUCCACCAGCGCCCCACGGACAAGAAGGAGGAUAUCCUCAACAUGCUGCCCGACUCCAACUACAUCGGUCGCGACCGGCGGCACAGCAUUGCUUCGGAGCACGGCCACGGCCAUGAGCACGAGCACUCCCACUCCCACUCGGAUGCGUCCAAGGCUGUGUAGUGGAACAUCCCGGCAGGGUUUGCUUGCUGUCGUGAGUGCGCAUUUCGCGGGAUACGGGAGUCUUUAUAUAAAUCGUAAAUCAAUGUAGAUGCCGAUUGAUAUAGCUAAGGUUGCACGAUUAAUGCGCG